UCCGCGCUUAUGCCGCACAUUUGAAUUUCAAACAAAUGUUCACUUUAACAACCCAGAGUAGCACCAUCCGUUAUAACCGCAUUCAAAAUUCUCCACGAACCCUAAUUACAUUUCUAUUCCUCUCCUAAGAUCCAAGUCGAACUAAUAUUCAAGACAAAGAAUAGAUGGAGAAUUUAACAGUUUCUGCGAUGGAUGCGUACGAGAAGCUCGAAAAAGUAGGCGAAGGAACGUACGGAAAGGUGUACAAAGCCAGAGAAAAGGCCACCGGGAAAAUCGUGGCCUUGAAGAAGACGAAACUCCUUGAGGAUAGUGAAGGUGUUCCUCCUACUACUCUUCGCGAGGUCUCGCUUCUUCGUAUGUUAUCCACUGAUCCACAUAUCGUUCGGCUGAUGGAUGUCAAGCAAGGACAAAAUAAAGAAGGGAAGACGGUUUUAUAUCUGGUGUUUGAGUACAUGGAUACUGAUCUCAGAAAAUAUAUAAAAUCAUUUCGUCACACAGAGGAGAACAUUCCAUCUAAAACUGUUAAGAGCUUGAUGUAUCAACUCUGUAAGGGGGUUGCUUUCUGCCAUGGUCAUGGUGUGUUGCACAGGGACCUUAAGCCUCAUAAUCUCUUGAUGGACGAAAAGAAAUCUAUGCUUAAGAUAGCAGAUCUUGGAUUGGCUAGAGCAUUUACUUUACCUAUUAAGAAGUAUACACAUGAGAUAUUGACUCUGUGGUACAGAGCUCCUGAGGUCCUUUUGGGGGCUACCCAUUACUCGACAGCAGUGGAUAUGUGGUCUGUUGGCUGUAUAUUUGCUGAGCUGGUAACUAAGAAAGCACUGUUCCAGGGAGAUUCUGAGCUGCAGCAGUUGCUUCACAUUUUCAGGUUAUUAGGCACUCCGAAUGAGGAAAUGUGGCCAGGAGUCAGCAAGCUCUUAAAUUGGCAUGAGUACCCCCAGUGGAAACCUCGGCAACUCUCAGCAGCUGUAACUAAUUUAAAAGAGGAUGGUCUAGAUUUGUUAUCGCAAAUGUUGCAAUAUGAGCCAUCACAACGGAUCUCUGCAAAGAAAGCUAUGGAGCACUGUUACUUUGAUGAUCUAGACGUAGCUGCGCUCCAAGAUUAACUGGUUAUACCACAGCUGGAUUAGCACAUUUACCCUUUUGAUGUGAUUCAAUUGCUUCUCCCGAGCAUUCUUUAAUCAUUACUGAAAUGGUGUUUUAAUAUUUGUACCCCGGUCUUGGCUUUUUCUGAUGCAAUCUGUGUAUUGGAUUAGUAUUUCAGUCUCAUUUCUGUCACCUUUGAUUAAAAAAGUUUUAAGUUGUAUCCCCCAAGUUCAAUUGGCAAACAUGUAGCACACUUUUUACAUAGUUGGAGCCUGGAGGCUUUCUGGCAUUAAAAGGGUUUGAAGUUUUAAGUAAGAACUUCACUGAAAGUGAUUCCAUCGUA